AUAUAUAAAGUCAGUUAUAAAUUAUACGACAUUAACUAUGCAGCCCAAUAGUAGUAAUUUGCUGCUCAAUUAGCAAAAUUGGCUUUGAAAAGUAAAAUUAAAUGAAAGUGUGUUUCCAGGGUCCUUUAAACAUCACUUGUAUAAAUGUAACUGUAAACUGGGGAUCUGAGAAGCUGACUGACUUUACAAGAUGUUUUCAAGGCUUGAAUUGGCUUUGCAGGCAGCUGUUGAUGUGAUUGCACCUCCAUGUGCAAGAGUGGAAGACUUGAGGUACCACUGGAGUCAAGUUGAGGGAGCGUGUCGCAGACAUCAAGGUCCAAAUGUCUUCACUGAUUUAGAUGAGCUAUCAUACACAGACAACAGUAGAUCACUUGCUGAACAUUCAGCAGAUGAGCUGCAAGAGGCAAUCAGUGCUGUGCAACAGACUGGCUGUAAUCCUGGUGUGUGUAAUGGAGGAGUAUCUGAACCACAUAACAUACCAAUCUCUGCUGCUCAUGUUCCUGCUGUUGAGGAGACUCAUGCUCCCAAGCAUCUUUCCAACAUACUUAGAAUUCUGGUGAACGAGAAGCAAGACAGUGGAGGAUCGCUCAGCCCUUGCCUGGAGUUUCUUGUAACAAAUAAAGUUCUACGAUCAUUGGCUGCGUUUGCAUGGACUGACCGGCCGCUGGGCAUCAGGCAGCAUGCCUAUGUCUUCAUGAGUGGCAUAUUACAGCAUCUGCAUCAUACACUACUGCACCAUACCUGCAUACACAGACCUCUUCAGAGGAUGGUGCUUGCAAGCUGUUACAUGACUGCGUCCCCAUAUGAGGCUGAGGAAAUGGAAUUCUUGGCUCUACUUUGUGAGAAAAUAAGACAAGACAACAGCCUUGUGCUUCUCUACAUACAGCCUCCUCCCCCCAAGAAGGAGUUCGCUCAAACAUCCUCGCGGUCGUCGCCUGUUCGGACCCCCUCCACUAUUGCUGACUUGUCUACACCAUCUUCCUCAGCUGCUACCUCCAGCCAGUCGUCUGAAAAAAAUAUCGUUGACCAAGAUUUGCCUCUCAGAAAUAUGACUGCUGUCCCUAAAGAAAGUUCUGAUACGUGCCCAAUUUCUACUCCUGAAAUUUCAUCAACAUCUGAUACUUCAAUCUUAUCUAACGCUGGCGCGCUAAAGCUUUUGCCUGUUGAUAAUCAUAGUGGGCCUGGAAAGGGAACGCUCACAACCGGUAGUAAUUCAAGUAUUAAUCGUAACACUGUACUCGAAACGAACCCUUGCGAGACAGCUGGCGCCGUUAACGUGGCUGUCACCGAGGAAGAAAGGCUUUGUCUUGCUGAUGGCGCAACGAAAAGCUGCGAAUCAGCAAACCUGCGUGUAAAUUCUGACUGUGAGGCGACCAGCAGUUGUCUCACUGAUAACCUCCCAAAAGACUACGAGUCAUUGAACAGUCGUGUUAGUGCUGAGUGUGAGUCAGUGAGCAGUCGGAGAUCAUCUCUGUCCUCGUACUCCGUGGUAUCAGGUUGCAGUAGCGCCUGGACGUCCUGCAGCACCGGUCGCAUCUCUAGCUUUCCGUUGAUAGACGCAUUACUAAACCUCUGCUGGUCGACGGCCAACUCGAGCAUCAGUGCUGCAGCUCACGAGUGUUUGCUUCAGCUGUGCAGUGUGAGAGAAGUUUCGUGUUGUAAGAUUCUUGCCCACCAUUCACUCCUGCCAGACUACAUAGCCUCCAGACUUGCCGCCGCGCUCGCGCUAGUGCCGCGGGACUUGGACCCAAUACUGCUGGAGGAUUUCAGCCUGCCGCACGAACGACACAUCGCUGCCCCUGACAGCGACGAGUCAGACGCCAACUCUGACGAGGACAACUUUCCUGGCAAGAGAGAACUUUCCAACGUUUUUCAUUGGCUAGCCUUUCUAGACAAGGCCGUGGUGAGCGGGGAGCGCGAGCUACGCAACAGCCUGUGCGCAUGCGUGACGCAGUGCGCGCUGGAAAGGGAGGUCACCCCCCGCCUGUCUAGCUCGCACCCUGAGAAGCGACGCUCCGCCCUGGCGCUCGUCACGAGGCUGCUGCAGGCGGCGUCGUCGCACGCCCUCGUCAUGUGCCUCGUAUGCUGGCUCUGUGACCCACAGUCCGUGUUACCCCUGCUGCUGCAGCAGUGCCUCGAGCCUCCACAUCAGGUGCAGACGCUGCGUCUGCUGCAGACGGCAGUACAGCGCAGUCGUGGCGGCGCAGCAUCAGUGCUGCUGAGCGAGUGGCUGCUGCGCCGCCGGUACGUAGACCCUGACCGCGCCCAGGAGCUGCAGCAGUGCUGGAGUGAUGAGGAGGAUGAACGCGCGCGUCACCACAGCAGCGCCUCCCUCAGCAGCACCUUCGCGCCGUCCAACAUCAACAAGAUUGUUCAGCAAUUCCUGUCGUUGGUCCCUGAGGAACUUCGCUCUGGUGGUGCCGACGACUUCGCCAGCUAUUGUUCGGAUGCGACGCGGCAGUGCCGGGACAGUGCCAGGGCCGCGGCACUGCACUCCUGGGGGCGGGAGGCAGGAGUGCUCACGCCUGAUGCAGCAGUAGAUGGUCCUCACAGCCCCACCACGGGGCCUGGGCCAUUCUUGGACACCCUCCUUGACCUGCUCCAGCGCCUCCCCGAGCAAGACUACGACGUCAACCUGCAAGUAACGUCGCUGGUGGCCAGCCUGGCGCAGCUGCCGCACCCGCAGCUGCACGAGUUCCUGCUGAACCCGACGGUUCCCUUGGCUGCGGGCGCGCGCACGACGUACUCCGUGCUGCACGACGUGUCCCAGGCGCUGGCCUCCAGCCUCGCGCGCACGCCGCGGUGUCAGCACCACCUGCAGGUCGCGCGACAUCAGCUCCUAGGCUCCACUGACUCAUGGCAUCUGCUCCGCGAUGACGAGAUGCGGCGGUUCGAAGCAGUGAUCGUGCUGGAGGAGUUCUGCAAGGAGCUCGCCGCCAUAGCCUACGCCAAGUACACUUUGGAGCGCGGCCGCUGAGCCUCCACUUCUCUUGGCUAGCUUCAUCGAGAAUUUUUCGCGUCAGUGGAUGAAUUUAGACUUCUGUAGUGAGUUAAAAUUAUAUGGCAAAUUACUUCUGCAAAUACGUUUUGCUCUACGUGUCGACGUGUGGCAUCUCGUGUUCUCCGUAACAGCGUUCAAAACGUGGAACUCGAAGCUGAAAUAUGAAAAAGAUAUACCGGUACUCAUCGAGGGAACAAUGAUGAAAAACUUGAUUUUAUCGACCAUUGUGUCAGUCACACUCGGCCUUGUGGAAUAAUAAUCGUAUAAUUGGUGACCCCUUGGAAUUUUUUAUGAUCCAAAACCGGGAUCAUCUGUGACUCUCAGAUUUUCUCUUUAAUAAGAUCUCAAUUAAGACGGUUCAACAAGAUCACAGUGAGAAGAAUUCAGCAGCUUUGGUUAAACGCUCCGCGAAUCUCGCGGAUUUGCUAAAGUAGCAGUUUUGGUGAAUACAAUGGCUUCUGUUGAAGUCUAUGCGGUGCAAUGAAGUAUUUUAGUGACAGUAAUAUAUAAAUUCACUCAGUUUAUUUAAUCGUAUCUAUGUGCUGCAUUUCUCUGCUUUCAUUGCGAGACCGAAAAAUUUUCCGCCAGGCAAAGAGAUGGUACAAUUCGCCAGCACAAAAAAAUUUCUAACUUAACACGAGUGCUGCGUUAUAUGAACUGUGUGUAAGUUAACUUUACACAUUAAAUAUAUGCACAUUGAAUUUCUGAUGCGACGAAUAAUUAUAUUCAUUCAAGUAUCUUGCAUGUUCGCUUCAUAAAUGUUCAGCUAUCUUUUACUUAUUCUAAAUUUUUUGAUUUUCACGAGUUGAGUUCGCUAGAUAAGAAAAUUAAUGAUUCAAAUUAGUAUUCAAGCAGCUUCACCUGGUCAUUUGCUGUUCAC